UGUGAAAACACAUAUUGUAGUUGACUAUUGAGCAGCCAAGAUACAACAAAUUUGCAUAUUUCUCGUCUCACAUCUUUUAUCCAGUCAAAAUCAAAACCGAGAUUUCCGUAGUUUGCAUUUUUAAAAAAUAUCAUUUACAUUGUUUACUCUACAUAGAAUUUGCGACUUUUUUCCUAUUUGCACAUUGUUCGGUGAAUCAAUCCAUAACACAAUGGGGGCAGAUCAAUCCGCAUUUUCACAACCCUUAACCCCACAAUCAAACGAUCCCAUUUGCGCCACCGAGCCCCGAUUUUGCCUCCCACACACCGUCCAGCUCCGCCUUCGGGAAAAACUCUGGUCCUUUUCGGGCGACGAUUUUAAAAUUACGGAUGCCUCCAACGCCGAAAUUGUCUACUUCCAGUGUCACGGAAAAGUAUUCAGCCUGAGGGACAAGAAGGUGUUACGGGACAACAUGGGCGUUCCCGUUCUGAACAUGAAAGAACAGCUCAUCUCCUUCACCGACAAGUUCAGAGUAUACGCAGGAGAAGGUUCAGACCGAGAAAUUUGCAAGUUCAACAGCAGACUGACCUUCCUCAAAGCUAAGCUGGUGUCACAUUUCAACGACGUCGUCACUGGGCGUCCACGUGUCGUCACGUUGAAGGGAGACUGGAGGGAGAAACGUUGCGCAAUUUAUUUGGGGGAACCGAAACAUGGAGGGAUCCCCAUCGCCAAAAUAUUUAGACCUUUGACCGGACGAUCCUUAAUGUUUGGAGUGAACGACUAUAUUGUCGAAAUUGCUGCUGGGGUUGAUAUCGCGCUAGCUGUUAUAAUGUGCAUCGCUUUAGAUGAGCACAGUAGAGACGGGGACUAAAUUUUGUUUCUAGUUUUUUUGACCACCUUGUCGAAGCUCUUUUAUGAAUAUACUCAUACCACUAUUUAUUUAUGAUAAUGCACAAACUGACCAGUAUUAUUUUUUCAUAAGUAUGUAAAUAUGUAUGAAUGUCAUUGUGCAGGUGAGUUACAAUAUUUAGGAAAUCCUUAGUAAGGAAUGACAAAUUAGAAUACUCGAAUGUACCAAAUUUAUUUUAUUACUAUCGUGUUGCACUGUAUAUUAAUUUUAUUUAUAAUAAAAUUUGAAAAUAUAAACUCCUCCAAAACUUGCUGUCAUUAAAAUUAAACGCUAGUCGAGCUGUAAUGUGUUAACAAUUUAAAAUAUGUAGUUCUGAAUGCCCUUCAAACAUUUAAUUAACUCAUUACACACCUAAUA